CUUAGUUUACCUGUAAAAGCAGUAGGAAAUUCUCUGUUGUGUUUCUGUUGAGAAACAUUGUUUUGAAAAUCUUAACAGACAUACAAAAAGAGGGUUGCAUAUGCUGCAUCCAGUAUAUACUUAAUGUGGUGUUCUAACAAGAUACAUCAUUCAGCACUGGUGUGAGGUGCCAGGCCAGCAGUGGUAAACAGAAUCUGAUCCCUCACAGUUGUACUCAGGUCCUGGAUGGAGGCCAGAAAGGUUAGUGAUCCUCUCCCACCUCUCUGCUUCUUCCUGGCUGUCUACAAAAUUAUAAUUUUCCAUCAUGGAAGGAGGUGUAGAACCAAAGGACAAGAUCAGAUUUACUAAGCAGAUUUUCAAGCUUCUGAUUAUUUAUUGUAGUUUAUAGCUGGACUUUGGCUUGAUUUAUCUCCUUAACUUUUCAUCUUUUUCAUUUUAGUUUUUUUUUCCUUUUUUUUCAUCCCUUGGCAUCAGGCUCAAUGGCACAAACAAAAGAGAAAAGCUCCUUAAGUGGGAGUACAUUUUUUGACAGGGUUUCUAUAGAAGUCCAGGAACCUCCGCCUCCGCUCCAUAGCUACCUUUGUUUGGCCAUGUUUGCUUGUUUUUGUCCAGCAUAUCCCAUUAACAUUGUGGCCCUGGUCUUCUCUGUCAUGUCUAGAAGCAGCUAUUACCAAGGGGACUACGACGGCUCCCGGCGACUGGGCAGGAACGCCCUCUAUGUUGCUGUUGCUUCCAUCAUCAUCGGCUUUCUCAUCAUCACCAUCAGCUGCAUUGUUCAUUUUACUACGAUGGAGUAUUAGGCCUGAGGGAGCAGAGAGCAAGGAAAAAGCUAUAAGACACUUAAUGAAAACUUUGGAUGAUAUUCUCUGGAUUGGCUCAGGUGAUGCCAGUGAAAGGAUUUAAAUCAUGUUUACUUCACUCUGUCCAUCAGCUUCUUAUUUAUUUAUUUAUUUUUUAAAUAUUUUAUAUGUACAGUUAGUAAUUAUGAAUUAUCGUGGGUAUAAACAUUGUAAUAUUUGAUGUCACUGAUGCUUUAACUAAAAGGCAGCUCUCUUGGAAAAUGUAGGAAAUACAUGGAUUUUUAUUUGGCUGUAAAUGUGAGAAACACAUCUUUCACUGUUUAUGUUUCAGUAGAAGCAGAAUAAGAAGUAGAAUUUUUCAUAGAACUCAAGAGUUCUUUUCUAUUAUCAGAUAACUCCUUUAAACUGUAAAAAUAAAUACAGUGGCAAACUGUUCAAAAUGCUUGGGGUGAAAAGCUGUCGUCAUGUCAUAUUUAAAAAGUACAGCGCCUGAAGCAAAUAUUAGUGCAUCCUGCACAAUCAGUUCUUAGUAACACCCUUUUUGGCACAUAUUGUAGCUCGUAAAUGCUUUUGUAGCUAGCUAAGAGUCUUUUAGUUCUUCUUUGGGGGAUUUUAAUCACUUCUUCCAGCAGAAGGCUCCUAAUGAUCCUGCAUGCACUGCAAUAUUGAGGUCUUAAAAAUGGGGUGAUGUUUGUUUCAUCUGAUAUUUAACUUAAUCUAAUCUUCACACUAUCAGUGGGAAAAAUGUUCUUUUUCUGUAAUUAACAACAAUUUUUUUACUCAUUGCAGGCUAAUAUAUAUAUUUAACCUCAUCAGUCUACAAGAAUGGUUGGCUAAAUGUUUAUAAAAUUGAUUAUUUGUAAACUACUAACACAAAAUUUGUGGCAAGGAAACAGGAAAUGUGUUUUUUUUCCCCCCUCUGAUGACUCUCUUAUGAAGAUGAUAUCUAUGCAGGUGUUGCUCUGGAGCAACGGCGUACUGUUCAACUGCACUCCAGCAUCAGCUAAAAAUACCUGAAGAAAGUCAGUGUUUGUUUAUU